AUGCAGCUGCAGUUCAAGAGCUGGAUGUUGGCUCUGCUCACCCUGCUUGUCGUCUUUCUCAUCUUCGCAGAUAUUUCGGAGGUCGAAGAAGAAAUCGGGAAUUCUGGAGGCAGAGGUACAAUCAGAUCAGCUGUGAACAGCUUACAUAGCAAAUCUAAUAGAGUUGAAGUUGUAAUAAAUGGCUCUUCGUCUCCAGCUGUUGUUGACAGAAGUAAUGAAAGUGCAAAACACAACAUUAAGCCAGCCCCAACCACAUGGAGACACAACCAGACCCUGUCUUUGAAGAUCAGGAAGCAAAUCUUGAAGUUCCUGGAUGCCGAAAAGGACAUAUCAGUGCUCAAGGGGACCCUGAAGCCUGGAGACAUCAUCCACUACAUCUUUGACCGAGCUAGCACCAUGAAUGUGUCACAGAACCUGUAUGAACUCCUGCCCAGAACGUCUCCCCUGAAGAACAAACACUUCAGGACCUGUGCCAUCGUGGGCAACUCCGGGAUUCUGCUGAACAGUGGCUGUGGGCAGGAGAUAGACACUCACAGCUUUGUCAUAAGGUGCAACCUGGCACCUGUCCAGGAGUAUGCUCAGGAUGUGGGGGUGAAGACUGACCUGGUGACCAUGAACCCUUCUGUCAUCCAGAGGGCCUUCGAGGACUUGGUCAAUGAGACCUGGAGGGAAAAACUUCUUCAACGCCUGCACAGCCUCAAUGGCAGCAUCCUGUGGAUUCCAGCUUUCAUGGCCAAGGGUGGCAAGGAGAGGGUAGAAUGGGUGAAUGAGCUCAUUCUGAAGCACCACGUCAAUGUGCGCACAGCCUACCCUUCAUUGCGCCUGCUACAUGCUGUCCGAGGGUACUGGCUGACAAACAAAGUACACAUCAAAAGACCCACCACAGGACUGCUGAUGUAUACUCUGGCCACACGCUUUUGCAACACCAUCUACCUCUAUGGCUUUUGGCCCUUUCCACGAGAUCAGAAUCAGAACCCUGUCAAGUAUCACUAUUAUGACAGCCUUAAAUAUGGCUAUACAUCCCAGGCCAGCCCCCAUACCAUGCCCUUGGAGUUUAAAGCCCUAAAGACCCUGCACCAACAGGGGGCUUUGAAACUGACUGUUGGCGAGUGUGAUGGAGCCACGUAA